UGAAUAUAUAUAUAAAGUUUGUAUUUAUGUAUGUAUUCGUGUGUGCUCGUGUGCAUGUCUGUACGUGGCACGCGCGUCGCCCCGCGAUGUCCCUGUGAGAAAGUCCCGCCUGGAGUGGCAGUUCGCGAGCGCCCUUGGGAAGGCCAGGACCGCGGCCGCGACCGACGCCGCCCUUGCCCCGAGGGAGUCUGUUGGGGCGUGAGCCAAGGGGAGAGAGGGAGUGGUGAGCCUCGGAGUCUGAGAGCGGCCAUGUUUUAUGUUCCAGAGGAGAUCGCCCACGCUGACGCUCCUGGCCCUGCAGCAGCGGGCGGCCGGCGGGGGCAACGGCGGCGGCGGCGGCGGUGGCGCCCUCAGCAGCGGCAGCAACAGCUUCGUGUGCAGCGCCUGCUCCAAGUCGUUCCUGAGCGGCUGGGAGCUGCGGCGCCACCUGCACGCCCACGCCGACGCGCGCCCCUUCCGCUGCUCCUACUGCACGCACCGCUCCAACUUCAAGCACAACCUCAAGUCCCACAUCCGCACCAUCCACCCGGGCAAGCCGUUCGCCUUCAGGAUGGAGGGCGCGGCGCCCACGACGGACGUUCAAAAUCAGCUUUUUAGACAAAGAAGUGCUAGCGUAACCUGGGCCAAUGUGAUAGAACGUGAAAGACCUUUCAUGCCGGAAGUUUGGGUGUUGGUGGUGGCGUGGGAGCGAAGGCGCGGUGGCGGGAGUGGUAGAGCAGAGCCUGAAGACGGAUGCCUGCGGGCGCGGCCGGGGGGCGCGAGGUUCCCCCGAGGCGAGGGUCGGCGACGCCGGCGGGGGCAAGUAAGUGCAGGAGGAGGAGGGCGUCGGGAGAGCGGCGCAGGAGCGGAGAGGGACGAGGGGCUGACGCGUGUCUUGUGCUUGCAGGCGUCCGUGGCGAUGGCAGCGGCGGCGGCAGCUGCGGCGGCGGCGGCGAUGGACGCGUCCCUGGGCGGCGUCGGGGGCGUCGGGGGCGGCGGCGGCGGCGCGGGGCCUGGCCGACUUCCAGUGCCCCGCCUGCGGCCGCCGCUUCGCGCGCGCCACUGGCACCUGAAGCGGCACCUGGCCACGCACCUGACCGUCAAGCCGUUCAAGUGCCCCUACUGCCCGCACGCCGCCAACAUCAAGAACAACCUCAAGCUCCACAUCCGCAAGAUCCACCCGGGGGAGGCGCUGCCGGAGGAGCGGGCGCGCCAGGACGUGUAGGGCGGCGGGAAGGGAAGCGCCUCCCGCCCCUCGGCCGCCCCCUCCUCCUACAAAUAUUAUGACAACGAUGAGCAAAAAGCUAAAGAAGGGGAACCUUAAACACGACCCCGCGGGGAUUUGAGGGAGGCCCAGCAGGGCGCAGAGGGGAGCAGGGGAGCAGGGGGGGGGGGAUGCGGAAACGUACAAAUCUCUUGAGAGAAUGGGAAGGGAAUCACGUGUUGCAAUGAUGAUCAUGGAAACCGGAAAUACAGUCUUUCGCUGCAUGGACGCUUUCAGAGUGUUGAAAAGUUAGCAGUAAUUUGCAAUGAUAACGGAAUGGGGAUCUUUAACCUGUUACUAGUCAGGCCGUGUUGUGUGGCUCCUUUUGUGUAGGAAUUAUCGUUGCUUCUGGAAAACCGUCUGUUCCGAUUUCAGCCGAAAGUGAAUGACACUCCAUGAAGACCCUUCUCUCUGUACGCAAGAUUGAUUUCUCGAGUGCAGUGGGGUCUCUAAGCCUGGGAACACUGUGGGGGAAGCAGUGAAGGAAAGCCAUGUGACAUGUGGGCGUGGGAAGAGCCAGGCGCGUGGGAGGAAGGCCAGGGCGGGCAUGGUUUGGCCUCGGGCAUGGCUUCUUGUACCUGCGGUGCAGCAUGAGAUCCUUGCGGGGAGCCCAGUGGCGCGAGAAAUCCUGGCGGACGUGCCUCCAGGGCUUGCUGGCGCCCGAGGAUCGGAGAGGCGGCGGGGCUUGAGACGACCUAGUGACGAGACGACGUUUUCUGUGUUGCAGGCGGCGGCGACGGCGGUGCUGACGGAGGAAGUGGCACUGAGCGGCUCCUUCCAGUGUCCCGCCUGCGGCCGCUGCUUCGCGCGCCAGUGGCACCUGAAGCGGCACCUGGCCACGCACCUGGCGGUCAAGCCCUUCAAGUGCCCCUACUGCCCCCACGGCGCCAGCAUCAAGGACAAGCUCAAGCAGCACAUCCGCAAGAUCCACCCGGGCGAGCAGGUGCCGGCCGACUUCGAGGUCGUCCCGUCCUGCGGCGCCGCCUCCGACGCGCUGCCGUAGGAGGGGGCCGGCGACCCCGCGGCCGAGCUGCCCCAAGUGCCACUUAACCUCACUCCCGGGUUUCCCUUACGCCCGACCCGGCCCCCGAGGGCUCUGGCCGGCGCCGAUGCCCAGGUCUCUGCUGCAGGGGCGGCCCUCAACUCGCUCCUUAGCGAAGGGGAGGACCUCCCGCCUGCCCUGCGGCGCGCGAAGGAAGUCCCGCUGUGCCUGCUUUAGGAAGUGUCAUUUUCCCUUAAAGAAAAAAAGAAAAAA